CCUUUAUAUUAUAUAUUAUAUAUUUACUCGCUCUUGCAUUUAAACAACCGAUUGCCCUCGUUUCAAUUUACUCUGCCGAUUUAAGCAGCACGCCAUUCCCGAAUCGCUGACAACCGAAAACUAAAGUCGAAAAUGUCGCUUAUGCAAUAUAACGGUUCGGCCGUUGUGGCGAUGGUCGGCAAGGACUGCGUGGCAAUUGCAGCCGAUAAGCGCCUUGGAAUGCAGGCGCUCACAGUGGACACGGACUUUCAAAAGGUGUUUCGCAUGACAGAUCGCACAUACAUUGGGCUGCCUGGGUUGGCUACCGACGUGAAGACGCUGCACGACACCCUGCGCAUGCGCGUCAACCUUUACAAACACCGCGAGCAGCGGGUGAUUGAGCCAAAGACCUUUUCACACUUGGUGUCACACAUGCUCUACGAACGCCGGUUUGGGCCGUACUACGUCGAGCCCAUCAUUGCCGGCCUGGACAAGGAUAACAAACCGUACAUUUGCGGCAUGGAUCUUAUUGGCUGUCUGGAGUUUGCCCAGGACUUUGCUGUCGCUGGAACUGCCGAUAGCAAUCUUUUCGGCAUGUGUGAGUCGCUGUGGGAGCCCGAUCUCUCGCCGGAGGACUUGUUUGAGACUAUCUCACAGGCACUUCUCAAUGCCGUCGAUCGCGACGCGCUGAGCGGCUGGGGCGCCGUGGUACACAUCAUCACUCCCGAGGGCGUCAUUACGCGGGACAUCAAGGGCCGCAUGGACUAAUUUUUUAUUUUAUGUUACAGUUGAGGCACAUGAUGUCGCGUAAACAAACAUGCUGCUGCAUCACUGAAAUUAAUUGACUAUGCGCAUGGCAAUCAAAGUAAUGAUGAGGUCCUAUUAUAGCUUAUUUAUGCCCUGAGAGCAUAUAAAAGGAGUGGCUGGCGGGCAGCCAUGAA